GUCGGCAAUUUUAGUCACGACUUAUCAAUAGAUCAUAUAUAUAAGAAGAAAAAAAGAUGUUGACAAAAAAAAGUAGAAAAAAAAAAGAUUUUUCACAAACUUUAAAGAUUGAUAUAUGAAGCUUUGGUCCAUGAAGAGUUGAUAUGCUUUUAACAGUUCCUACACCAUAAAAGUUCAAGCACUCAAACCUGGUAUUAACCAGAGGUAUGGGGUAGUUUAAUAGUAAAUUAAGAAGGUUUGUUCAUUCGUAUUAUAGAUGCAAAAUUUCUUUAAUUAAUAAAUUUUUUGGAGCUUUAGAUCAAAUCUCUAUGGACAUAAGUUACAUACCAUAUUAACAUUUGUUUAAAUUGCUGACGUAUAACAAGGAUAAAUUCUAAACAAACAAGCAGUAUAGUAGACAAGAAAAGAAAAAAUAUUACACAUAAAUAUAUAGAUUAAGCAAGAAAAUGGGAAACGAGAAGUUGAAGCAAAGGUAUGAUAAAAUGGACAGCAAAAAUCCUUAUUUGUCGAUCGAUUCCACUGAAACUGUAAAGUCCAGCCAAACAAAUGGACGUUACAGGGAGACUCCGUACAUAACGCUCUUGAAAGUUUCUUCUGUGAUUAAUUUCUCUCAAGUGAAGAAAAAUAGUAAUGUGUCUGUGUUUUUUUUUUUGUGAUUUCACUUUUAUAACGUAAAUGCACAGCUAAAUCAAUAUUAUUUAUUAACACUAUAAUACCCCCUCCAUCAAUGUGAUCUCCUCUUUUUCGAUUUCAUUUUGUUGUAGUUUUAAGUAAAGAGUUUCUUUCUUUUUUUAUCUCCAGAAGAUUUGGAUUUUGAAUGAGAUAUGGGAAUAAUCAGCACAAUAUUGGGUACGAUUGGUUUCGGAUUCGGAACGACGAUCGGAAUCUUGAUCGGUUACUACUUGUUCAUCUAUCACCAAUCUACCGAUGUUCAGGCAUCUUCUAAUCUUCUUCUCAACUCUUUGGUUUAAUUAAUCACUCUUUUUUUGUUUGUUUAGUACAUCUAUUAUACUAACAAUUUUUUGCAUGCAUGCAUGAUGUUCUUAUUGGAUCAUAAAGAAACGUUCUUAUUGUUUUCUAUUUAUUUAUUUAUAAAAUUGUUUAUCACUGAUCAGGAUCCUGAGAUAAAGCCAUUGAUGGAGUUAGAUUCAGAAGCUAUAGCAAAAAUGUUCCCUGAAAUACCUUUGUGGGUGAAAAAUCCAGAUUUUGAUCGUAUUGACUGGCUUAACAAGCUCAUUGGCUAUAUGUGGCCUUAUCUAGACAAGGCUAUUUCUAAUAUGGCAAAGUCUAUUGCAAAACCAAUUAUUGCUGAACAAAUUCCAAACUACAAAAUAGAUUCAGUUGAAUUUGAAAUGCUCACUUUGGGUUCACUACCACCAACUUUCCAAGGAAUGAAAGUUUAUGCAACUGAUGACAAAGAGCUAAUCAUGGAGUUGUCAGUAAAGUGGGCUGGGAAUCCCAAUAUACUUGUUGCAGCUAAAGCAUUUGGGUUAAAAGUCACUGUCCAGGUGGUUGAUUUGCAAGUCUAUGCUACACCAAGGAUUACUCUGAAACCAUUGGUUCCAUCCUUCCCUUGUUUUGCCAACAUAUUUGUCUCCCUUAUGGAUAAGCCACAAGUAGAUUUUGGACUGAAGCUACUAGGUGCAGAUGUAAUGGCAAUCCCUGGCUUGUACGGAUUUGUCCAGGAACUCAUUAAAGAUCAGGUUGCAAACAUGUACCUAUGGCCAAAGACUUUGUGUGUACAGAUAAUGGAUCCUUCUACUGCAAUGAAGAAGCCUGUUGGAUUGCUUAACGUGAACGUCAUAAAAGCAAUAAAGCUCAAGAAGAAAGACUUUCUCGGUGGAUCAGACCCUUAUGUGAAACUAACACUCUCUGGAGACAGAGUUCCUGGUAAAAAGACAGUUGUUAAACACAGCAAUCUAAACCCUGAAUGGAACGAAGAAUUCGAUUUAGUUGUCAAAGAUCCAGAGAACCAAGUAUUGCAUCUCAUUGUUUAUGACUGGGAACAGGUUGGUAAACAUGAUAAGAUAGGAAUGAAUGUGAUUCCACUUAAAGACCUAACUCCAGAGGAGCCAAAACUCAUUACACUCGAGCUGUUGAAAUCCAUGGAACCAAACGAGCCAGUUAGCGAGAAAUCGCGUGGACAGCUCGUGGUGGAAGUGGAGUAUAAACCCUUUAAAGAAGAUAACAUACCAGACAACUUAGACGAUCCAAAUGCGGUAGAGAAAGCACCAGAAGGAACGCCUUCAGGUGGUGGGUUGCUUGUGGUUAUUGUUCAUGAAGCUGAAGAUUUAGAAGGCAAAUACCACACUAAUCCUUACGUUCGUUUGCUGUUUAGAGGAGAAGAGCGUAAAACAAAGCGUGUGAAGAAGAACAGAGAGCCAAGAUGGGAUGAAGAUUUUCAGUUUCCGUUAGAUGAGCCUCCCAUAAACGAUAAGCUUCAUGUUGAAGUCAUAAGUACUUCUUCACGAAUGGGCUUGAUUCAGUCUAAGGAAGCUCUUGGGUACGUAGUGAUUAAUCUUGCUGAUGUGGUGAGUAAUCGGAGAAUCAACGAUAAGUAUCAUCUGAUUGAUUCGAAGAAUGGCCGGGUUCAGAUUGAGCUUCAGUGGAGAACUUCUUCUUGAGACCAGAGGUUUGGGUGUUUCUUCUCCUAGGGUUCAAGAAAGAACACUUGUUUGGUUUCGAGUUCCUUGCACUGUACGUAAAGUCUCUAGAUUAACUAUUGUUUUGCUGCUUGUUGCUAUCAUUUGAUUUUAAGCAUAAUGGGCUUAUAUAAACAUAAUGGACCAUAUGUUAACCAUAGUUCAAAUGAAUAUCAUGAAAAUUACCUGGCCAAUGAACGUUCUGAUUUAUCUUGAAGCUUAUUGAAAAAAUGAGAAUAGCGAUCACGUUUAAGUUUUGCAAAUUCAUGUUUUUGUUAAUGGUUUGCAGAGUAUGGUUAUUAGUAUAACGAUUAUUAUAUAAAUAUU